AAUGUUGUACGGAAUUGAGUGCUAAUAACACAGGCAAAUAAAAAAAUACAUACAAUAUAAAAUAAUGAUUUACAUACAUGUGCUGCGCGAAAAAAGAGUGGAUAUAAAAAUAAUAAUAAAAACGCCAAUAGUAGAAACUAACUAAAUUUAUCUCGGUGCUGACGAUAUUUGACAAAACCAUUGUACUGUGUUUUGUGUUAAAUUUUACCGCGCGUAAAAUUCUGAUCUUUCCAUCGACUAUACUCGCGUAAAUUCAAGCAAACUUAUAAAGCACAUCAAAUACAAUAACACAACAAAGCAAAUAGCAAGCCAUUAAAAGAGGGAGGCAUACAAAUAUUAUAUUUGCAACAGAGGAGAUACGAAAGCAUUUCGCAACUGUUCAGAUACGAAAUACUAAACACGAUAAUCGACCAAAAACUCAAAAAAAAAAAAAAACGCUAAGCGUCGAACAUGAAUACAGAAAUAUAAUAAGAGAAUAAUUGUUUCGCAAAAAUAUACAAACUUAAGCGCAAUAAAAUAAAAUAAAACAUACCAAAAUAAACGAAAGGAAAUACAACAAUAAAGAAAUAAAACCUACAACAAACAUUAUUUGCCGCUCAGCAUUUUUUCGGACUUGCGCCUACACAUACAUACAUAAUAUAUGUAUAUGCAUCCGUCUGAAUUGAUUUGUAUCUGAACGCGUGCAUCUCGCCAGUUGAACGUAUCCGCACCAAGUCGCAUAUCAUCGUGAUAACUUCGUCCCCUCCUAACUUGCAAAGCACCCGUUGGCCUUGCUCCAUUGCACUCGCACACAACACAUCCUUUCACUUCGGUUAAAUACACAACAAACUUUCAAUCGAAUAUGAUGCAUCAAAUUUGCCUCAUGCAUCUGCCAUCUCAUUAAAAUAUGGAUUUAGCAGAUCAAAUCGAUGAUUAUAUUUGUUCAUUUGAAGGAAUUGGUGAUUUAACAAUGGACUCAUUAGCAAUGUUCAUAUUUAUUUGGGCCGUAUUGGCCCUCUUCAUAGUAUGGCUGUGUAAAUUUUUAUACAAUAAAUAUGUGGCAAAUAAUAAUAAAACGCCAACAAGUCAGAGUAACAGUCGGCAAAGCAGUGUGGUGCCCAGUGGGGCCAGCACAACGAAAACUGAAGCGAGCAAGCGACUAUCCGAACCGAGAGAAGUAAUGGCAAGCAAAGCAGAUUUUAAGGACUUAGCUGCUAAACCUGCUGGUGCACGUGGUCGCACACCAGUUGGCGGUGCUGUAGGUGGUGUUGUGGGACCCCGACGACGCAUGGUGCGGCAGGGCUCAACCGGCCCAGAGAGCCGUAAAAAACGCUAUGUGCCGCCACCUUCCAAUGUUGUUGGACCUGAAACAAUUUCAGUUACUUGGACCAGUCAAGCGUUCCGUUGGCUUUACAGCGAUUUAGUGAUUGUCAAUGAACUUUUGACGUCUUGGGUUAUAGCCUUAAACGAUACGCUCAAAAAAUCCAUGGAAGGGCAUGGCGUCGCUGUGGAAGUGGUGCGCGUACUGCCCGAUAGUCCCCCGCCAAGCUUGAAUAAUAUUUUCUGUAACUGUGAUGAAAAUAAUCCAUCUGAUAUGCUGAUCACUUUCGAUUGCGAUGCACAGCCAGUGUUGCAGGUAAAAACUUUACGCCAGAAGGCCGGGAAAGCUGACGUCUCCCACUACAAAGUGACCGUUUCACGAUUCCGUGCUCGCAUGGCCACCGCCAUGAACUACAACAACCUCAAGGGCGAGAUGAAAGUGGAUGGUUAUCCAGAUAUACGCGUUGCCAUGAACAGCGUGGGCGCCAUAAAGCCGUUGGACCAGGAUGAACAACAACUACAAGGAGUAAUUAGCGAUAUUAUCAUCGGCGCUCUACGCGACACCGUGUAUCCAGUGGACUUCUCAAUUUAUGCGACCUGUCCACGCGCCGAAAUCGAUCCAUUAGAUAUGCCUGUAAUAUAUCCAGUGAAUUAUGACCCGUUAGCGCAAAACAUGGAGGGCUCGAAUUUAUCAGGUCUACAACCAAUGAUCUCCGGACGUCGCUUGCUUGUAAAAAUUGUAAAAGGUGAGGGUCUCCUCGAUGCUAAAGACCCUUAUGUGGUAAUGGAGAUGGACGAACCUGCCCAAAAGAAUCAAACAGGCGCACGCCAGGGUGCCACGCCUUAUUGGGAUGAACAUUUUCUAUUCGAACUGUCGCCACAGUCUGCUGAGAUCCUGUUCGAAGUCUACGAUCGUCCUGUCAAUGCUGCAGAUCCGGCAAAAUUCCUCGGCUUGGGUUUGGUGGGCAUUGAUGAGUUGGCCGUUGGGCCUGCAUCCACACAAGUGCUGACACUGCAGCCACGUCCCUAUGAGACGCAUCCGGUGAGCGGCACCAUCACUGUGGACUUUGUGUUCAUUGAUGGUGCGGAAAUACCUGCUGGACCCAAGCCGUAUAAGCUGAAAGAGGCGUUGAAGAUCAGCACGCCUAUGAUUAACGAACACAUGAAAAAUGGCGCCGACUUGGCAAAUGCAGCCGUACGCGCUUUGCAGGAUGGCGCACUCUCCACGACAGGGCAGCCCAGCAAGAGUACUUUGAUCAUACACAGCGUUCAGCGAAACCAAAACAAUUCAAAUGCAUUUAAGGUUGAAGUUAACAAAGAGGGCAGAAUAGAAGUUAAAGAAUCGCCGCAAGAUGAACGGGAUGCUGCUGUAACCCAAGGUUUAGAAAACCCAUUAAACGACAAUACAAGCGAAUCGCUGCCAACCGCGACUACCACCGCGGACAUAGAGCAAAUCCAGCAGGAUAUAUCGAUGACGACAGACAUAACUGCAAGUCCCUCAGACUCGUAUCCAGCAAAUGAUGGCUACUUAGAUGAGUCGGGGGUGGCAUCAGGUAACAGCAGUGCCAUGGUCACAUCCAGCGCGGAGUUUGGACAUCCGAAUGCUGCCUCCUCCCCACAAGGCCACAAUGGCUAUUCACCACUAAAUGGCAACUCGGCUGCAAAUGGCUCUCAAAGUUAUGGAUAUCAAAACAAUAGUUUGCCCCGUAAUGGCGGUGCCACCAGCACACCUUUAAGUAGUGCUGAUCUGGAUGAACGAGGCCGGAGUAAGAAACGAAAUUUCUUUGGAACAUUAAAAAAACGUUUAAGCCGAUCCAAGACACGCACCCAUUCGGCUGAUCGUGGCGCUUUGACGCCGUCCCAAAAUAAUAACGGUACUACCCCAACAGGAACACUUAACGGUGAUUCACGUUCAUUAUCUGUCGAUCGUGCUGUAAUGUCUAAAAGCAAUUCACUUGGCCCACGCGUUGGCUCCUCACGACUUGAUCACUCAAGGCAAUCUUCAAUUUCAGAAUCGUCCGCAAUCUCAGGUUUCUCAUCGGCCAGCAACAAAACGUACGUACACGAAGCGUCCACACUGGUGCUGGAGACGAUCGAGAAUGGCGUGAAGCGACAUUUUAUUGUUCCGCUAGCAAUCGCACAACGGCCCAGGUGGCGCCGCAAAGGCACAAAGCUACACAUUUACAACGAUCACACCUUCAUCGCCAAACACUUGAGCGGUGGCGGCCUGCAAUGCCAGGUUUGCAUGAAGUCUAUCCCGCGACGACCGGGCAAACAGGGCUACGAAUGCCGAGACUGCAAUUUGAUCUGUCACAAACAGUGCCACAUACGGGCGCCACAGGCGUGUCCCAAUCCCACAGUGCUUUCAAUGGAAUUAUCGAAACUUAACUCUGCCGCUGCUGAUCGCAGUAUAAGAAAAUUAUGAAUAUAUUGCUAACGGAAACGAACACAACCACAAAUGCAUAAUCCGCCAGAGCAGCCACCGCUACUGCCAGCAAAAAAGUAAUGCCGGAAAUAAAGGAUGCAAUCCUGAUUUAUUCGAACGAAAGUAAAAAAGUUCUGAGCAUAGCUUACUGUGGCUGAGCUUUUCGGUUUUCUGUUAUUUAUUUUAUGUGUUUUUUUUUAAUUAUUUAAGUGAUUUUUAAAUACUCGCAUACGAAUCAGCAACUCGAAAUUUAAGAAAUGCGAAGGAAAAACUUUUUUGACACAAAUUGUAAAAGAAAUUAUAAAGAGGCCGAAUACUGUACCGAAUAGUGCACUUUUAUUUUUAUAAAAAAAAAAACAAUUCCUAUUAAGUAUAUCCUUUGGAUAAAUUUGUUUAAUAUUUUCGAAAUAUUGUAUUAAUUCCCCGUGUUUACUUUAAAGUUUCCCCUUAUAUAAAGUUGUACAAGUUUUAUAUUUUAUUAACACGCUACUCAAUCUCAGUCUUCGCUACACAAAAAAACAAAAAAAAAGAUUAACUUUCCAGAAAAGGAUUUAAACACAAUCAGGAAAUAUAAAAAUCAGUGCAAUCUUUACUAUCAUUUUUGUUAAAUACAUAUAUAUGUAUGUAUGUCAAGUUUACCAAGUAUAAGUUUUGUAAUUCUGAAAAAAUAAAUAUGAAGCACAUAUGAGCUAAGAAAAAGUUAAACCACAACCGUACACAUUACACUGUAGUACACAAUCACAGUACGAAAACGCAAAUAAAUGUUCAAAAUCAGUAAUGAAACUAAGCGAAUCUUAGAACAAAUCAAUAAAAAUGGUGGAGUUUUAAGUAGAACUACAA